GACGACGCGGAUCGUCGUCCCCGCGGUGUCUCCGCUGAUUAAAACGGUGUUCCCUGUAGAGAAGAAGAGCCGGAGCGGGCAGUUGAGCUCCGGCAGCAUCAUCCAUGGCGUCUCCGCUCAAAGUGUGCAUAGUGGGCUCCGGGAACUGGGGCUCAGCCAUCGCCAGGAUCAUUGGAAACAAUGCCAGGUCACUGCAGCGAUUCGCCACCACAGUCAAGAUGUGGGUGUUUGAGGAAAACAUCGACGGCAGGAAGUUGACCGACAUCAUCAACAUGGAGCAUGAAAACAUCAAGUACCUGCCUGGAUACAAACUGCCAGAGAAUGUGGUGGCUGUCCCGAAGCUCUGCGAUGCUGCCGAGGGAGCCGACCUGCUGGUGUUUGUUGUCCCUCACCAGUUCAUCAGGAAGCUCUGUGAUGAGAUGGUGGGCUGCGUCUCCACCAGAGCUCGGGGAAUCACACUGAUCAAGGGGAUAGACGAGGGCCCCGAGGGCCUGAAGCUCAUCUCUGACAUCAUCCGAGAGAAGAUGGGGAUUGACGUCAGCGUCCUCAUGGGAGCAAACAUCGCCAACGAGGUGGCAGCUGAGAAGUUCUGUGAAACCACCAUCGGCAGCAGGAUCCUGGAGAACGGGCUCCUGUUCAAAGAGCUGCUGCAGACUCCAAACUUCAGGAUCACAGUGGUGGAUGAUGCUGACACAGUGGAGCUGUGUGGAGCUCUGAAGAACAUUGUGGCGGUGGGUGCAGGCUUCUGUGACGGGCUGCGGUGCGGUGACAACACCAAGGCGGCUGUGAUCCGUCUGGGGCUGAUGGAGAUGAUAGCCUUCGCUAAACUCUUCUCUAAGAACGACUGUGUCUCCACGGCAACCUUUCUGGAGAGCUGCGGCGUGGCCGACCUCAUCACUACAUGCUACGGCGGCCGCAACCGGCGAGUGGCCGAGGCCUUCGCUAAAACGGGAAAGAGCAUCGAGGAGCUGGAGAAGGAGAUGCUGAACGGUCAGAAGCUACAGGGACCAGCCACCUCAGCUGAGGUUUACCACAUCCUGAGACAGAAGGGCCUGGUGGACAAGUUCCCGCUCUUCACGGCGGUCUACCAGAUCUGUUUCGAGGGGAGGCCGAUCAAUGAGAUGAUCUCCUGCCUGCAGAGCCACCCGGAGCACAUGUGAUCCACCUGGUGGGUCCCACAGACGCUGCUGAAGGGAUUCAUGUUCACACCAAGAUCAGUGUAACAUCAAGUCAGCCUCACUCAGCAUGAAAAGAUAAUGCCUGUCAUCAUUUCACCUAAAACUAAUGUGGACCAAUGUAAACCAAAAACCAGAGCUGCCAGAAUCCAACAGUUUUUUUUAUUCGUUUGUACAAAAGAGGAAACUGCUCUGAGUCGUCGGGUCUGCUGACCUCCUCCAUCCAAACGUGUAGUUUAACAGAGCAGACGUGCGAUUCAGUGCUGCACGGUAGAUAUUUGACACUUCUCAUUAUUUCCUGUAUCUGUCGAAGCCGGUCUCUGAUUGGAGGAAAGCAUUUACAGCGAUCUCCACCUUCCCCUGGCUGGUAUUUUCACAUGGUGCUCCUCAGACCUUGAACUCAAAUCCACCAGCGCCACCCUGUGGUUAAACAGCACAAAACAUCAAGCUGUUGACAUUUUAAAGGAUGACUCUGGUUUAUUACAACAACAAUAAUUUUUUGGACAUUAUAUUGCCUUUAAUCUGACAGACACAGAGACAGGGAGACAGGAGGGUCAGGGAGAGAGAGAGAGGGGCCACGGGUGGGACUCGAACCCGGGGCCGCUGCUGUGAGGAGUGAACCUAAAUGAUACGCACUCUCCCAGGUGAGCCACCGGGACAUCCUCUAUUACAGCUAUUACUCACAGUCUUGACAUCAGUAAUGUUAAUAAGACUGUACUCACCAUAUUAAAUGAAGACUGUCGGUCAUGUCUGGCUGUAGAAGCUCUUUGGGUCUCUGAGUUUCCUCCAGCUUCCUGAAUACAAACUCAUUUUACAGGUUUAAAGGUUUGUUAGUCAGACACAAACACAGACGUUAGCUCCUGAGAUUAGCUGCCAGCUUAGAGCUCAGGAUCAACAACAAACAUCUGUUGUUACAGUUUGAUGGACAGCAUCAUGUGCUGCUGCUGUUUCCACCACAGAUGAACUAAUAAGAUGAAUGGAAGCUGAAUCCAGGGCGUGGUACUGUACACGCUGCUCAUUAGGACACCUGUUGGCGCAGAGCCAUGAUUUACUUCUUCAAAUUUGGCACAAAUGUCCACUUGGACUCAAGGAUGAACUGAUUAGACUUUAGUGGUCAAAGGUCAAAGUCACUGUGACCUUACACAACCAAACCUUUUUGGCCACAACUCACAAAUUCAUUCACUAAUUAUGACACAAUUGAACUAAAAUGUCUAUGAGGAUAAAUUGAAGUAGUAACAUUUAUAUCCAAAAGGUCAAAGGUCAACCUUCACUGUGACAUCAUAAUGUUCCGCAAAAACACUUCUGGCCAUGAUUCAAUGAUGUAACUCAGGAAGGAGAGACUGUGACCAUAUUUGGUCCAACUUGUCCGGUUGGCGGAGGGAUACAACCGUGAGGUGGUAAAUCUAGUUCUUACAGCUUUUAACUUGGUGAGAACAGCCUUAUCAUAACUGAUUCAAAUUAUGGCCCCAGUUGCAACAUUUAGACCCGAUCAGUAAUAAAGCAGAAGAGUCCUUUAAAUGUCACAUGACCUGGUCAGUCAGUGGGAUGAAAAAGCUCCAUUUCUCAGUCCACUCCACUGAUGUUGUAAGAUACACUCUGGUGACAGUCGUAGUGUUUAUAUACAGGUUUUGCUGGUGUAGUCUGUAACUGCAGGUGUCUCCUUUAUGUCUGCUUGUUAAUGAAAGAUGGCGCCCUCACCCUGAACCCUUAUUGAUAACAUAUAUUUCCUGGUUUGUGACCAAAUGUUGAGGCGGAGCCUGUGUGUUGUCACUGCGACAGCACAGUGGUCGUCAGGUUCUCACAUAUCAACAGGCAGAUGCUGUUAAUUACCUGAGACAAUUAAAACUACCAGCUGCUAAAAGCCUGCCUGCAGACACCAGCAUGACACUGACGCCCUGCAGUCACGUCCUGCUCAGCACCAUCAGCAGUGAACAAUGCGUUGUGAAGAAUAGUUACUGUGUUUCAGUAUCUUGGUAUUCAUUUAUUUUCUCUCAGGUAAACAGACAGGUGUGUUUAAAAAUUCAUAAAUCCUAUUGUACAUGAGAAAAGACAUGGAGCUCUACAAAUCUGUUGCUUCUUAAAUGGGUGACAUACAGUAUUUAUGGAAGAUAACGAGUGACUUCACUAACCUGCGCUAUGUUUUGGUAAACCAGCAUUAUAUCCAUGUGAAAUAUAUCCAGUAUAUUUCUGAGUGUUUCUCUUUAAGCUUCCUGAUUGUUGCCAACUGUCUAACUCUGUCUGACUGUAUGGGGCUCAUUUGUAUGUAAGUGAUUUUUUUUUGUUUUGUUCAAGUUUCCUCAUAGAGCUGUUGACCAGAGUGCCACAUGGUCACUGUGUGGUAAACAGUCCCAGGUGCUUCUUAAUUUACAAGUUUAGGGACGUGACUGUUGCUGUUCACUUCACAGUGCAGGGUCUGGAACAGGGUUCACUUCCUCCUCACUGCUUCACUGAGCGGUGACAGCUGUAGUCAGAGGUUUUGUUUCAGGGUCAGACUCAUUCUUGUGACCGUGAUACCUCAUUAACACCCUGAGGGAACUUCUUCAGAUUAGCCACAAACGAUCACAAAGGCUGCGUCUGAAAUCACUCAUACUCCCACUAUAGUCCACUGUACAGAGAGUCCACCAUUUUGUAUUGUUAUAUCAGUAUACUCUAUAUAGUGGACGCAUAGUAUCCCACAAUGCAUCAUGAAAAGUAGUGCGCAGCCGAUGGUCGUGGAACAGUCCUCCUCACAGGACUCCCUGGAUGAUGAGUAGAGGAGUGAAUGAGUGAGUGAUUUCAGACACAAGCUUCUUCAGACUCAAGGAUGAACUAAUCAGAUCUUGGUGGCCAGAGGUAAAAGGUCAAAGGUCAAAGGUCAGACAAAGGUGACCCCACACAACACCCUUUUGGCCACAAUUCAAGAAUUUAUAGAUUCAUUAUGACACCGUUUAACUCAAAUGUCUAAUAGGAUAAAAUGAAGUGAUGACAUUUUAUAUCUCAAAGGUCAAAGGUCAACUUCACAGUGACAUAAUGUUCUGCAAAAACACCUCUGGUCAUUAUUGAAUGCUGUGACUCAGGAACAGAAGGAGCGGUUGUGGUCAGAUCCUGAACUGGUGACACUGACCCUGAUGUCCACCUUUUAACUGUUUAGGUCUUCUGUGCUGCUGAGUAUAUUACCUUACUUUAUUAUUCCGGACGGACAUGCAUGUGAACUACAUCUUGACUGGUUGGUGGAGGUGAAUGACGUGAAGUUCACCAGCACCGUCUCAUGUGGACAGACCAGAGCUCACAUUAUCUUCAGAUUGGCAGCUUUCAGUUCUUACAGUUGUUUGUGUUUUCAUGUUUCAUGUCACAGUCCAUCCUCACUGUAGGUUAGUGUUGCUACACUUACACACACACACACACACACACACACACACACACACACACACACACUCACACACACGGAUCUGACCUGGUAAAACUGAAAAAUAUAACAGAUACUAUAACUACGUACAAACUCUCCACACUGUGGUUUUAGGGGUCGAAGGUCUUCACCAUGAGAGAGAACCGAUGUUACUUCAGUCUGAUUUUGCCUUUCUAUGAUUUGGACUGUAACAUUAGUAAAGAGGAUCCUGGUGUCUUUCUGUUUAAAUAAAGUUGAUGUUUCCUGCCUGUGAUGUUUGAGAUAAUGAGUCCUGGUCUGAAUAAACAACUAUCCUCACUAAUCCUAA